AUGAGACCUCCUUUACACGCUAAACAUGUUGUUGCUGUGAUAAAGUACCAAAAGGAUCCACUUAAAGCGCUUGAAAUGUUCAAUUCGGUGAAAAAGGAAGAUGGGUUUAGGCACAAUUUACUUACUUACAAAUCCAUGGUUGAAAAGCUUGGCUUCCAUGGCGAGUUUGAAGCCAUGGAGAAUUUGCUCUCCGAGAUUAGGGUGAAUGUUGAUAAUAGUUUACUAGAGGGAGUGUACGUUAGUGCCAUUAGAAGCUAUGGAAAGAUGGGUAAGGUUCAAGAAGCUGUGGAUGUUUUCGAGAGGAUGGAUUUUUACGAUUGCGAGCCUUCGGUCCAGUCGUAUAACGCGAUCAUGAAUUUGUUGGUUGAGUAUGGAUAUUUUGAUCAAGCGCAUAAAGUGUAUGUGAGGAUGAGAGGUAAAAAGAUUGAACCGGAUGUUUAUACUUAUGCUAUAAGGAUCAAGUCUUUUUGUAGGACUAGUAGGCCUCAUGCUGCUUUGAGGCUUCUCAAUAACAUGCCUUCCCAAGGGUGCGGGUUCAAUGCGGUUGUGUAUUGUACGGUCAUUGGUGGGUUUUACGAACAGAAUGAUCGUGCUGAGGCGUGUGAAUUGUUUGAAGAGAUGCUCGGAAGAGGUAUUUGUCCCGAUGUUACUACGUUUAAUAAGCUUGUGCAUACGCUUGCUAAGAAGGGGGACAUACGAGAAAUUGGAAAGCUUUUAAACAAGGUUCUGAAGAGGGGGGUGUCUCCAAAUUUGUUUACGUUCAAUAUUUUCAUUCAGGGACUUUGUAGAAACGGUUCGCUUGAUGAGGCCGUCAGGUUGUUCGGUGGUAUUAAGAGGGAAGGUCUGACUCCCGAUAUCGUCACAUAUAACACGUUGAUCUGUGGUUUGUGUAAGAAUUCAAAGGUUGACGAAGCGGAGUGCUAUCUACGUAGAAUGGUGAAUGGUGGGUUUGAACCUGAUGGAUUUACCUAUAACAGUAUUAUUGAUGGAUAUUGCAAACAGGGUAAGAUUCAAAAUGCAGAUAAUAUUUUGAAAGAUGCAACUUAUAAGGGUUUUGUGCCUGAUGAGUUCACAUAUUGCUCCUUAAUUAAUGGGUUAUGGCAGGAUAGUGAUGUAGAUCGUGCCAUGGCCGUAUUUGAUGAAGCAUUGGGAAAGGGAUUAAAGCCAAGUGUUGUUCUUUACAAUACCAUGGUCAAAGGGUUGUCGCAGCAUGGUCUUAUCUUUCAAGCCUUGCAGUUGAUGAUUACGAUGUCAGAAAAUGUUUGUUUCCCUGACAUAUGGACGUGCAAUUUAGUUAUAAACGGGUUGUGCAAGAUAGGGUGCGUAUCCGACGCUGGUAAUCUCAUGAAUGAAGCUAUUUCCAGAGGCUGCCUUCCUGACAUAUUUACCUUUAACACAUUGAUUGAUGGUUACUGUAAACAGUUGAACUUGAAUAAUGCCAUUGAAAUCCUAAAUAGCAUGUGGGAUCAUGGUGUUGCACCUGAUGUGAUCACAUUUAACACCAUGUUGAAUGGCCUAUGCAAGGCUAAAAGGUACGACGAUGUGAUGGAGACUUUUAGAGAAAUCAUGGGAAAAGGCUGCUCGCCUAACAUCAUUACAUAUAAUAUACUUGUAGAAAGCCUCUGCAAGGCUCGGAAAGUAAAUGAAGCCACAGACUUGCUUGAGGAAAUACAACAGAAGGGCCUGACUCUAGACAUUAUUUGCUUUGGUACGUUGAUUGAUGGGUUAUUCAAUAAUGGGGAUCUGGGUGGAGCGUACAAGUUAUUCAGAAGAGCUGAACAAGAGUUUAAGGUUUCUCAUACAACUGCAACAUACAAUAUAAUGAUCAAUGCUUUUGCUGAAAAGAUGAACAUGAGCAUGGCACAAAAGCUAUUUUGUGAGAUGGAUGACAAAGGCAAUUUUCCAGACAGUUACACUUACCGAGUCAUGAUCGAUGGUUUCUGCAAAGUAGGGAAUACUGACUCUGGAUAUGGUUUUCUUCUGGAAAAAGUUGAAAAAGGGUUCAUUCCAUCACUAACGACAUUUGGAAGGGUACUCAAUUGUCUUUGUCUGAAACAUAGAAUUCGUGAGGCCGUCAGCAUCAUCCACCUUAUGGUGCUCAAAGGAAUUGUUCCUGAGGUGGUAGAUACAAUCUUUGAGGCUGACAAGAAGGAGAUAGCAGCACCGAAGAUUGUAGUGGAAGAUCUGUUAAAGAAGAGUCAUAUAACUUAUUAUACUUAUGAACUUCUAUAUGAUGGAAUUAGAGAUAAGAAGUUGCUUAGGAAAAGGCUUUCAAUCGGGUCUUCUCAUAUUCUGCGAUGAUGGUUUAAGUUUUGAUUAUUCAAGAACCUAAAGAAAAAGGAAUACACAUCUUGUGGGUGCAGUAGUCCCAACGAUGCUGGAAAACUACAGUAGAAAGCUGUUCGCUAUAAGACCUUUGGGGGCCCUAGCUACAUCAGAACGCUUGUUACAAAAAUCCUCGAGGUGGAAGAGGUUGAGAUGAAGACUGGUAUUAGAUUGCCGACCGCAUCAAUUAGCUCUUUGAGACUGCCAAUUGUGCUUCUUUGCUACAAAUUUGUGGAUAUAUCAGAAGUACUUAGAAAAGCAGCAGAGGCAUUUGCAGAGACUUGUUUUUUUUUUCUUGAAGACAAGGUUACUUUGGAGGAGUCCAGUUUAGCUUUCUUCCCCUCUAGAUCAUGAGUUAAAGAAAAAUGCAAUUCGCCCAGACGGGGUUGAGUCCCGAGCCUCUUAGAAAGGGUGGGACCACGCGUGGUUCUCACGAGGUGAGGCCCGUCCUUUGUGAACAGUUGGGGUUCAACCCAAUCAAGUUGAACAGUGGGGUUACUCUUGGUCAAGUCGUGAGAAAAAUAUAUUGACGUCGUCAUUUGAAACGGACUGGAAGCAAGGUGAGGCAAUAGGGAAACUUAUGACAGACAAUGUAGAUGUUCCAUCUGAAACUUGAGCAGCCCCUUUUUAUAAUGAUUAAGCAUUUUUGUUUUUCUCAUUUGUGGAGGGAUUAGAAUACAGCUCCUCAAAAUUGUAGGUGCAUGUAAAAAAUAUA